AUGGCCCUGCAGACAACUCCUCUCACGCCCACAAGUUCCGCAACCUUAUCCUCGGUCGUGGCAUCAACCACACCUGCCUUCCAGGGUGUCCCGACCGUCAUCACGCUCGACACCGACGACGUCAUCACGGGAAACGCGGCCUUCGUCUCGUGUUACACGCUGCUGAUCAACCCGGAGAGCAUCUACUUCAUCCACGACCAUGGAUACAUGGGCAGCAACAACGUCGGCAGCAACGGCGUGCAGAUCUACAUGGAAAGCAUCACUGUUCAUGGCGGGCAGUUCCCCACGGACGCGAGCGAGACGCCGGGGCCGACGUGCACUCAUACUUCCAGCAGUGGGACCGUCAGCGCUAGCACGAGCAGCACGACGUCGGCGGUCCCGACACAGACACAGCCAGGCGCGGGAACAAGAAUAGCUAGCUCUACUUUCGGCAGGGUACUGCGGGCAAGGGGAUUGAACAUUAACACAAGUACGGUUCGGAGUGUAUUUCUAGCAAUUGAAAGCCUUGUUACUUCGUAUACCUCGAUAUCUUUAGACCCCAACUACUCGAGAUAUUUGCCCAAAGUAUCGAAUAACAUCGUGCUACAGUACGUAUCUCUGGUUCGCGGGGUACAUGUCCCGGAUUGGGCACAGCCACCAGAUAACGGCCAGCGCCAAGGCAGCAAGGCAGCAAGGCAGCAAGGCAGCAAGGCAUACAGGAGACAGCCUGUCGGCCUCUGCUCGAGCGGGGAAAGACGCGAGGCACAGCCUCAAUCCCGCUUCCCUUUCUUUUUGGGCACUGAUGCAAUUCUUCCUGAAUCUUUGCCACAGCUCGCUAGAAUGACGAUCCGAAGCAUUGGCGGGACAUUUAUCAACGGUACUUACCGAAAUGUCCUCCACGAAACCGGGUUACAAAUAUCCCACGCAGCUCGAAGAGCGAGGAGAGAUCCGUCUGAUCUCUGUCACUCGCCAGCCAGGUCAACCGAUUCAGUGCGCUUUCGUCCAUGCUCAGCUUUCUCGGGGGGCCACAGCACUGAAGAGGGCGAAGUCGGUGCUGAGGAAAAGUGGUGCUGUGAUCUGCCCUAUUUCGCAAUUUCCUACAAUUGGGGUACCGACUCGAGAGGGGAGAUCAUUGAGGUUGAUGGAGGUCGGUUCGCUGUUACUACGAAUCUCUUUCGCCUACUACAAGACAUUUGUCUCAAGAGACCCGGCGACUUAUUUUGGGCCGAUGCAAUAUGUAUCGAUCAGAGUAAUCAUGCCGAGAAGAGCCACCAAGUCCAGCAGAUGCCGCAUAUAUACGAAGCUGCCGAGCAGGUCUGCAUAUAUCUUGCUGAAGUUCAUCUGAUGGAUGCCGACUAUUGUCGAAGCGAUGCGGUGCGCGCUCUUACGAGAGCACAAGAAAAUUUUGAUCGGAUCACACGAGGGCAAUACUGGCCCGUCGACAGCCCGAUAUGGAAAUCAGCCUGGGAUAGUAGUUGGGCCGGUCGCGAGUUCAACUUACAGUACAACACGACGGAACAGACAACAGCUAUGAAGACACUCUUUUCGCAUCCCUGGUUCUCACGAGCGUCGAUUAUACAGGAGGUAGCUAAAGCUCGAUCUGCUACUAUCUACUGCUAUGGCUACCACAUAUCAAGGAGGGUGUUUGCCCUUAUGCCGUCAAUAAUACCCAUUAUACCUGGCGCGCACUAUCAGGCGAUACUCGAUAUUAUGCCGGGACCGACCCGCACAUCGUGGUGGAUAAAGGACCGAACUCUACGCAAGCUACUAUACAAAUUCCGCGAGUCACAAGCACGUUUCACCCACGACAAGAUCUAUGCACUCCUCGGGAUCUGCACUGACUCCGAAGCUAGAAUGAUUCUGGAGCCGGAUUACAGUAAGGGAGAAGAGCAAGUCGCUCAAGAUGCAGCCGCUAUGCUGUAUCGGGUGCCCAGAUAUCUCUUAGCCGGGAUACCGCUCAAUAGUCCUUAUAUUUUCGAAGCCCCAGAACCCGACACGCUGAAACAACGUUCCAAACUCAGGCGUCCUACGGAAAAGGAUGAAGGAAAGUGGCAUGAAAAUGCUUCCGACUUUGUACCUCUGGCGUACGUCAUACACGCUGCUGCGGGUCCUCGCAAGCCUGGUCUGAAUGAUUUCCAUUUUGGUGGCCACAGUCUUGGAGCGGAUCGCGCUCUUCUCCAGCACAAAGCAGAACAGUUAUUUUCUCAAGUCAAAAGACUGAACCACACCUCCCGAUUCGCCUAUGCAAGAGUGCCACCGCAAGGUCUCAGCCUAGAUGCUGCGAUUCCCAACACCAAUGAGCUUGCUGCUGCUGCUGCUUGCAGGUGUGCUUGGAUGACUAAACCGAGGGAUGCGGGCAAAGCAGUGGCGGGGGAGGAAGUCGCUCUGGACGGAGAGUCGUUUUCAACAGCUCGCAUACGGCUCGCUCUGUCGCUCAAGAUGGGACUAGGCGCCUACAGCAUUCUACGGCUUAUGCUGAGGCCCUUUGUGCUGGAGCUCGAGGCUUCCGAAACCAGUCUCCUGGCCAAGAUACUCCGUCAUAGCAGCUUCCCGGACGCCGUUCUACUCUUGCUAAGAGGUCGGGAUCUUGUUCAUGCCAUCCCAUCCAGCCGCGUUCUUGUGCGAGCGCUAAGUGGUAACCAGCAAUACGGACCUCGGAUUCUCCACGGCAUCCUGCGCGACAUUCUCGACAAUACGAAAACCCCCAGAAAUAUGAAGACUCUGCAACAGGCUUCACCGGCACGGUACUCAAGCAUCCUUUCCGACAAUUUGCCAUUCUGGGAUCAAUCUAACAGAUUUUGUCUCGGAUUUCGAGCUCAUCAAUAUCUAUAUACACUUUGGACCCGUGGAUGA